AUGGCAUGUUUGAGAGCAUUUUGCAAUUUUAAGUCGCAUGGCAUUCGAGCUAUCUCAGUGAGUACUAGGAAUACAAAGACUCGCUCGGUUGUGACAUCGCUCACGAUUAUAAACGACUCGUUCGGUCGGCUCGCCUGCGAGGGCGUGCGGCCGGAGCUGCGCGGCGAGCCCCGCGCGCGCCAGCGCCUGCACAGCGGCGCGUCGCUGCCGCCGCCCGCCACGCCGCCCGCGCGGGCCGCGCUCGCGCCGCACUCCAGACGAGCGCUGAGCUCGAUCGCGUCGUCGACGGCGUGCGAGGGCGCGGGCGCGAGCGAGGCGGAGGGCGCGGCGCUGCGGCCGGCGCGCUCGCUGGACGUGCUGGCGGUGCGCAGCCGCCUGCGCCGCCACUACACCACGCGCUCGCUGGACGUGGACGUCGCCAUCGCUACCGUGUCCUCCACGCUCUUCAACGGCACCGCCUUCGGCCUGCCGGACGAGCCGCCGCGCGCCGACGAGGAUAGCCCGCUGCUGCGCAAGGCGAGCCUGUGCAACAAGCUCGAUCGGCCCAAGCGCAAGGUGCCCGACUCGGACUACAUCGAGUUCUACAAGAAGUGGCGCUCGCUCGAGAACGUAGCGGACGCGAAGAGCGGCGCCAAGACGCCGCGCUUCGCGAUCCGCUCGUGGCUGCUCGGUAUCUUCGGCGGCAGCGCGCGCAGCACCUCGUCGUCGUUGCGCCGCGCGCCGCACCUGCUCGACCGCGAGUCCGCCGUGUGAGACUACCGUCUAUGUGUAUAUUGCGCUAUAUGUAUAUGAAACGCUGUUGUAAAUAAUACGUGUAAGUAAAACGAUGUUACCGUCAAUUGUGAAAUAAGAGUUUAAUGUUAUUAAAUAAUUUCUAUCGAA